GUAUUUGCCCGGCUCCAGGGACAAAGCUGAUCCUUGAACUCUAAGUUCCACAUCUCCAGGACCAGUGAGCGGCGGCAAGGCCUGGGCUGGGCUUAUCAGCCUCCCAGCCCAGCCCCUGCUUGGCGGCAUAAAUAGGCCAGAGGAGACCGGGCGGUCAGAGACCGCUGGCGCAUCGAGGUCACCCACGUCCCUUCAGGAUGAAAGCCGUGGUGCUGACCUUGGCUGUGCUCUUCCUCACAGGGAGCCAGGCUCGGCAUUUCUGGCAGCAAGAUGACCCCCAGUCACCCUGGGAUCGGGUGAAGGAUUUUGCCACCGUGUAUGUGGAUGCGAUCAAAGACAGUGGCAGAGAUUAUGUGGCCCAGUUUGAAGCCUCCGCUUUGGGAAAACACCUCAACCUGAAACUCCUGGACAACUGGGACAGCCUGGGCAGCACGUUCACCAAGGUGCGUGAGCAGCUGGGCCCAGUGACCCAGGAGUUCUGGGACAACCUGGAAAAGGAGACCGAGGCGCUGCGGCAGGAGAUGAGCAAGGACCUGGAGGAGGUGAAGCAGAAGGUGCAGCCCUACCUGGACGACUUCCAGAACAAGUGGCAUGAGGAGAUGGAGACGUACCGCCAGAAGAUGGCGCCGCUGGGCGCCGAGUUCCGCGAGGGCGCGCGCCAGAAGGUGCAGGAGCUGCAGGAGAAGCUGAGCCCGCUGGCCGAGGAGCUCCGCGACCGCCUGCGCGCCCACGUGGAGGCGCUGCGCCAGCAGCUGGCGCCCUACAGCGACGACCUGCGCCAGCGCAUGGCCGCCCGCUUCGAGGCGCUCAAGGAGGGCAGCGGCAGCCUGGCCGAGUACCAGGCCAAGGCCCAGGCGCAGCUGAAAGCGCUGGGCGAGAAGGCCAAGCCGGCGCUGGAGGACCUCCGCCAGGGCCUGCUGCCCGUGCUGGAGAACCUCAAGGUCAGCAUCCUGGCCGCCAUCGACGAGGCCUCCAAGAAGCUGAACGCCCAGUGAGACGCCCUCCGCCCGCGCUCCCCUCGCCAUCAGUUCGGCUUCUUGGAAUAAGCAGUUCCGGAGCAGGACUCUUGUGAUGGGUUGUAUGUUUUUUGUGAAGCUUCGAUGUUGAUUUUUAAACAAUAAAAAGUUCUCCAAAA